CGCGCCGUGCUCACUCACGACCGCGCAGUCGCCGCUUCCUCGAGGCCCGUGACUCAGCGCCACCUCCCAGCCGCCGUGCUCGCGCCGCGCACCCACGGACACUACACAGACGCUCUCUGCGGUGGAUGGAGGCGGCCCGGGGUGGAGUGAGCAGACUGCGGACGCGGACGCAGACGGGCGCCUAGCCAGUGAACAUGCUGAUCACGACGAACGCGCUCGCGCCGCCGGCCAACUGCAGCGACCUGAGUAGCCUGUGCUGCCUGCCGAGCCGCACCGCGCCCUCCUGGGGCAAGAUGGACCUGCCAGGGGUGCCACCGCCGCUCACCAGCUCCGCCGCUGUCGCCAUGUUGCCCAGCCUGCCUUGCUCGCCCGCAGCAGUGUCUUCGCCGACGCCGACCGUGGGCGUGGUAUCCUCGCCGCCCAUGUCGUCACCCGGGGGCGGCGGAGGCGGCGCCGGAGGCGGCGCGGCUUCGGCGGGCCCGCAGCAGCUGCGCGAGCUGUACGCCGCGGCCGCUGCCGCGGCGCACCACCCGCUGGCGUCGCUCGUGUCGCAGCAGCGCCUGCUCGAGCUGUCGCGCCUCGGUCUGCGCCACUACGACCUCGCCUCGCACGUCCUCACCCAGCAGGGCGCCGUCUCCAAGCUGCUCGGAACUCUUAGGCCGCCAGGCCUUAUUGGAGGCAGCAAACCUAAGGUGGCCACCCCAGCAGUCGUCUCCAAGAUAGAGCAAUACAAGAGGGAGAACCCCACCAUCUUCGCCUGGGAGAUUCGCGAAAGGCUCAUAUCUGAAGGCGUGUGCACGAACGCGACGGCGCCCAGCGUGAGCAGUAUCAACCGCAUCCUGCGCAACCGCGCGGCCGAGCGCGCGGCCGCCGAGUUCGCGCGCGCCGCGGGCUACGGGCUGUACCCGGGGGCGGCGGCGGCUGCUGCGGCCAGCGGCCACUCGCCCGCCGGCUACGCCUUCCCCUGGGGGCCGCAGCUGUGGGCCGCCGCGCCGCUGGGGCUGGGCCUGUCUGCCGCCGCCGCCGCCGCUGCCGCCGCCGCGCAGGCGCACCACGGGCAGCCGCCCGGCGCUCAGCCGCAGGCGCCGGGGCAGGCCGCCGCCCCCCACGACGCCGCCGACCUCAUCGUGCCGCGCCUCAUAGAUGUCGACGGCAGUGCCAGCGGAGGAGUCUGCAAGGACGACUCGAGCAGCCUGGAUGGUUCCGACCAGCCCAAGUUCCGGCGCAACAGGACCACGUUCAGCCCCGACCAGCUGGAGGAGCUGGAGAAAGAGUUCGAGAAGAGCCACUACCCCUGCGUCAGCACGCGGGAGCGCCUCGCCUCCAAGACCAGCCUGUCGGAAGCCAGAGUGCAGGUUUGGUUUUCCAACAGACGAGCCAAGUGGAGGCGCCACCAGCGCAUGAGCCUCCUAAAGCGGGCGUCGCCGGGGGGCCCGACCUCCUACUGCAGCACGCACCAGCUGCAGAUGGGCGGCGAAAACAGCGCUUUUAGGGCGCUGCCGGCCAGGGGCGGCGGUCUGGCCGCGCCGCCGCCGCAGCCGCAGCCGCAGCCGCAGCCGCCCCCGCAGCGGACGCCGUCGCCUCGCGACUGUCACUACGCCUCGUCCGACUCCGAGGAGAUCAACGUCAACGACGACUCGGACGACGAGGACUUCCGAAGGGAGCGGCUGCGCCCGGAGGGGGCAGCGUUGGUCAACGGCCGCGGGGAGGCGGCGACGGACGCGGGGGCGGAGGUGGAGGCGGCGAGGGACGCAUGGGAGGCGGCGGGGCAGCAGCCCCUGCAGCUCACCAAGCACGACCGCGAUCGCGUCUAG